GUCCAAAUCCAAUAAUACAUCUUCUCUCUCUCCUUCUCUCCCCCCUUCUCUCUCUCUAUCUAGACUUUGGACUGCCCUUUGACUCCUGUAGGCUAGCUGUAGCAGCAGCAGCAGCUCCACUCUGCUCGCGCCUGGCUUCUAGGGUUGGUGGGAGUGCGGUUGUUCUCGGUCCCAAAGGGUGGGGGGGUCCUCAAUGCCUUUCCUACUCCCCCAGCAACCACGUCAAACCCCAUAAUACCGAGGUUGAUAGGAAGCAAUGGAGGGCUCGCAGUCGGCGAACCGGUUCCGGAGGAUCCCACGCCAUUCUGGCAAUGGUGGGGCUGCUGCUCACCUCAAGCUGGACCCAUUGCUCAACGAAAAUCUGGAGCAGUGGCCACAUUUGAAUGAACUCGUGCAUUGUUAUAGAACAGAUUGGGUUAAGGAUGAAAACAAGUAUGGGCACUACGAGGGCGUCGGGCAGGUUUCAUUUCAAAACCAGAUAUUCGAAGGGCCUGAUACUGAUAUUGAGACAGAAAUGCAUCUUGCCACCGCCAGGCAAGCCAAGGCGGAAGAUGCCACUGAUGAUGACCUGCCAAGUACUUCAGGAAGGCAAUUUACAGACUCUGCAUCAUCUGACUCAAAGCAUUUUAGUCCAGCUCCACUACCUGCUUAUGAACCAUCCUUUGAUUGGCAAAGCGAGAGGUCGAUGAUAUAUGGGCAGAGGGUUCCAGACUCUCAUAUGUCACAUUAUGGCAGUGGAUUGAAGAUAUCAGUAAAAGUUCAAUCCUUGUCAUUUCAGGCAGGACUAGUCGAGCCAUUUUACGGUACCAUUUGUCUGUAUAACAGAGAAAGGAGAGAAAAAAUGUCGGAAGAUUUCUAUUUUCGUGUGCUACCAAGUGAAUCACAGGAUGCUAAAAUUUCUUUUGAACCACGCGGAAUCUUCUUUCUAGAUGCGCCAUCAGCAUCAGUUUGUUUGCUAAUCCAGCUGGAAAGGUCUGCCACAGAAGAGGGUGGAGUUACUUCUUCUGUUUAUUCUCGGAAAGAACCAGGACACUUAACCGAGAGAGAGAGACAGAAAUUGCAGGUGUGGUCCCGAAUAAUGCCCUACAGAGAGUCCUUCUCCUGGGCUAUCGUUCCGUUAUUUGAUAAUAGCAUUGGUGCAGCUUCUGGUGGUUCUGCUUCUCCAAGCAGCCCUCUCGCGCCUAGUGUUUCUGGGUCAAGCUCCCAUGAUGGUGCCUUUGAACCUGUUUCAAAAAUCACAUUGCAUGGGAAAUCGGGCUACUCAAGUGGUAGCUCUGUUGUGGUCGAAAUAUCAAACUUAAAUAAAGUGAAAGAAAGUUACACAGAGGACUCACUUCAGGAUCCUAAGCGGAAGGUGCAUAAGCCAGUGAGAGGUGUUUUAAGACUGGAAAUUGAGAAACAUCAAACAGGCCCUGUUGACUUAGAAAAUGUGUCAGAAAAUGGCAGUGUGACCAAUGAAUCUGUUGAUCCAGGAGACAAUAUAGCUGAUUCCUCGUUUUCAAAGUGCCCCAGCAAUGGUUCUGAUGGUCUUCACAGUGGCAGCUCUAAGUGGUAUUCCUGUGAUGGGAGGGAUUCAUCUGAAAAUAAGUCCGUCACACAAGGAAGUUCAGAUCUCACUGCUGAUGAUUUCCAAGCUUUUGAUUUCCGCACAACCACAAGAAAUGAGCCUUUCUUGCAGCUUUUCCACAGUCUGUAUGUGUAUCCCCUGACGGUGAGCUUAAGUCGGAAGAGAAAUUUGUUUGUGAGAGUUGAACUUAGGAAAGAUGAUGCUGAUGUUCGGAGACAGCCUUUGGAGGCAAUGUAUCCAAGGGAACCUGGUCCAUUGCUCCAAAAGUGGGUCCACACUCAAGUUGCUGUCGGAGCUAGGGUUGCUAACUAUCACGAUGAAGUUAAAGUUCUUCUUCCGGCUAUCUGGACACCACUCCAUCACCUGCUAUUCACUUUCUUCCACAUCGAUCUUCAGACGAGAUUAGAAGCUCCAAAGCCUGUUGUGAUUGGAUAUGCAGCAUUGGCCCUAUCUACCUAUGCCCAGUUGCGAUCUGAAAUUUCACUUCCAAUAAUGAGAGAGCUGGUUCCACAUUAUCUUCAGGAUGCUGGAAAGGAGAGGUUGGAUUAUUUGGAAGAUGGAAAAAAUAUCUUUAGGUUACGUUUGAGACUCUGCUCGUCUUUGUACCCCAUUAAUGAGCGCGUAAGGGACUUCUUUCUUGAAUAUGAUAGACACACUCAGCGGACAAGCCCACCUUGGGGUUCUGAACUUCUUGAGGCAAUUAACAGUUUGAAGAAUGUUGAUUCUACUGCUCUACUUCAGUUUCUUCAUCCAAUCCUGAAUAUGCUACUCCAUCUCAUAGGCAAUGGUGGAGAAACCCUACAGGUUGCUGCUUUUAGAGCUGUUGUCAACAUUUUAACCAGGGCUCAACAGGAGUCGGUUGAUGACAACGAAAGGAACCGUUUUCUUGUUAACUACGUUGACUAUGCAUUUGAUGAUUUUGGGGGUCGCCAACCACCUGUCUAUCCCGGUCUCUCUGCUGUCUGGGGGAGCUUAGCUCGUAGCAAGGCUAAAGGCUAUCGUGUAGGGCCAGUAUAUGAUGAUGUUCUAGCAAUGGCGUGGUUCUUUCUCGAGCUAAUUGUCAAGUCAAUGGCAUUGGAGCAGACACGCCUCUUCUAUCAUGUUCUUUCCUUAGGAGAAGAUAUUCCACCAAUGCAAUUAAAAGAAGGUGUAUUUAAAUGCAUACUGCAACUUUAUGAUUGCCUUCUGACAGAGGUGCAUGAGCGUUGCAAGAAGGGAUUGAGCCUAGCAAAACGAUUAAACAGCAGCUUGGCCUUUUUCUGUUAUGAUCUUUUGUCAAUCAUCGAACCUCGACAAGUGUUUGAAUUGGUUUCCCUCUACUUGGACAAGUUUUCAGGAGUUUGUCAAUCGGUUCUACACGACUGCAAGCUCACAUUUUUGCAGAUUCUAUGUGAUCACGAUCUUUUUGUAGAAAUGCCUGGGAGAGACCCUUCAGACAGGAACUAUCUCUCAUCUGUUCUAAUACAAGAGAUUUUCCUGACUUGGGAUCAUGACGAUCUAUCACAGCGAGCUAAGGCAGCUAGAAUUUUAGUAGUCCUAUUGUGCAAGCAUGAAUUCGAUGUUCGAUACCAGAAGCCUGAAGACAAACUUUACAUCGCCCAGCUAUAUUUCCCACUCGUUGGCCAGAUCUUAGAUGAAAUGCCCGUCUUUUACAACCUAAAUGCUGUCGAGAAGCGCGAGGUUCUAAUAGUGAUUCUGCAAAUCGUGCGCAAUCUUGAUGAUGCAUCACUUGCCAAGGCUUGGCAGCAGAGCAUUGCUCGAACUCGACUGUUCUUCAAACUCAUGGAAGAAUCACUUGCUCUGUUUGAGCAUAGAAAACCUGCCGAUGGCAUGCUUCUUGGGAGCAGUUCUCGAAGUCCAGUUGGUGAUGGCCCCACCUCCCCGAAGUACUCUGAGAGGCUUUCUCCUGCUAUUAAUGCAUACCUUUCGGAGGCAUCAAGACAAGAGGUCAUACCUCAGGGGACCCCGGAGAAUGGUUAUUUGUGGCAAAGAGUGAAUUCCCAGUUAAGCUCACCGAGUCAGCCAUAUUCGUUGAGAGAAGCACUAGCUCAGGCACAAUCUUCAAGGAUUGGAGCUUCAGCUCAAGCACUUAGAGAAUCUUUGCAUCCGAUGUUGAGGCAAAAAUUGGAGCUCUGGGAAGAAAACUUGAGUGCGUCAAUUAGUCUUCAAGUUCUGGAGAUAACUGAAAAAUUCUCAAUGAUGGCUGCAAGCCGUAGCAUAGCUACCGAUUAUGGGAAACUCGACUGCAUAACAGCCAUUCUCAUGAACUUCUUCUCUCGAAAUCAACCUCUUGAGUUUUGGAAGGCUCUGUUUCCUGUCUUUAACAGUAUAUUUGAUCUUCAUGGUGCAACCUUAAUUGCACGGGAAAAUGAUCGAUUUUUAAAGCAGGCUGCCUUCCAUCUUCUGCGACUAGCAGUUUUCAGAAAUGACAGUAUCAGGAAAAGGGCUGUCAUUGGACUUCAGAUACUUGUCAGGAGCUCCUUCUACUAUCUAAUGCAGACGGCAAGGUUGAGGGUCAUGCUUACCAUCACAUUGUCUGAAUUGAUGUCUGAGGUGCAAGUGACUCAAAUGAAGUCUGACGGCUCACUAGAAGAGAGUGGCGAAGCUCGGCGGCUUCGUAAGUCCUUGGAGGAAAUGGCCAAUGAAGACAAGAGCGUGGAACUACUGAGAGAAUGCGGGAUUCCAGAGAAUGCCCUAGAGGCGAUUCCAGAGAGGUCAGAGCACAGAUGGUCCUGGGCAGAGGUCAAAUACCUCUCCAAUAGCCUUCUUCUUGCCCUUGAUGCAAGCCUAGAACAUGCUCUCUUGGGACCUGUGAUGACUAUGGAUAGAUAUGCAGCUGCAGAGAGUUACUACAAACUGGCCAUGGCUUUUUCCCCCGUUCCUGAUCUUCAUAUCAUGUGGUUACUGCAUUUAUGUGAUGCCCAUCAGGAAAUGCAAUCUUGGGCUGAAGCAGCCCAGUGUGCUGUGGCCGUUGCUGGUGUUGUAAUGCAGGCUCUCGUAGCUAGGAAUGAUGGCGUAUGGAGCAAAGACCAUGUGGCGGCCCUACGGAAGAUCUGCCCAAUGGUGAGCAGCAGUGAGAUCACCUGUGAGGCCUCAGCAGCUGAGGUCGAGGGCUAUGGCGCUUCCAAGCUUACUGUGGACUCUGCAGUGAAGUAUCUACAGCUUGCAAACAAGCUCUUCUCCCAGGCUGAGUUAUUCCACUUCUGUGCGAGCAUCCUUGAGCUCGUGAUCCCAGUCUACAAGUCCAGGCGGGUCUAUGGACAGCUAGCAAAAUCCCACACUCUCCUCACAAACAUUUACGAGUCGAUCCUCGAGCAGGAGUCGAGCCCGAUUCCCUUCACAGAUGCAACUUACUAUCGGGUGGGAUUUUACGGGGAGCGGUUUGGGAAGCUUGAUGGGAAGGAGUAUGUGUACAGGGAGCCACGGGAUGUCAGGCUGGGAGAUAUAAUGGAAAAGCUGAGUCAUAUCUAUGAGACAAAGUUGGAGGGGAGUAAUCAGACAUUGCAUAUAAUUCCCGACUCAAGGCAGGUUAAAGCUGAAGAGUUGCAGCCUGGGGUUUGUUACUUGCAGAUUACUGCUGUAGACCCUGUUAUGGAGGAUGAGGACUUGGGCAGCCGGAGGGAGAGGAUCUUCUCACUCUCCACGGGAGGGGUACGGGCCCGGGUCUUUGAUCGCUUCCUGUUUGAUACACCAUUCACAAAAAAUGGCAAGACCCAGGGCGGGCUUGAGGACCAGUGGAAGAGGCGGACAGUUCUUCAGACUGAGGGCUCAUUCCCAGCCCUCGUAAACCGGCUCCUAGUUAUUAAGUCAGAGUCGCUUGAGUUCUCCCCUGUGGAGAAUGCGAUCGGGAUGAUUGAGACCCGUACUGCUGCUCUGAGGAACGAGCUCGAAGAGCCUCGGAGCUCUGAGGGGGAUCAGCUCCCUAGGCUCCAGAGCCUGCAGAGAAUCCUUCAAGGCAGUGUGGCGGUGCAGGUGAACAGCGGGGUCCUCAGCGUGUGCACAGCCUUCCUCUCUGGCGAGCCCGCCACGAGGCUGCGUUCCCAGGAGCUGCAACAGCUGAUCGCUGCCCUCCUCGAGUUCAUGGCUGUGUGCAAGCGGGCUAUCAGGGUCCAUUUCCGGCUCAUCGGGGAGGAAGACCAAGACUUCCACACACAGCUCGUGAACGGGUUCCAGUCCCUCACCGCUGAACUCUCACAUUACAUUCCCGCCAUUCUCUCAGAGCUCUGAAGGGUUUUGGGGUAGCAUUUGUUCCCGAAUCCUCGUUCUUUCUUCCGAUUGAGUAGCAAACGUCCGUCUGUUGUUUAACAUCCGUUGUAGUGUGUUCAUAUCAUUUUGCUGUUGUCUUUGUAAUUUGUUUCCCUCUUGUCUUCUUACGGUUGUUCAUAUCUCUAACCGAAACAACUGUUAAUGUAAAAUGUUUCCCCCUUCGUUUUCAAUGGAUCGACCAAUGCUCUUUUAA